AUGCUUGAUACUACCCACCCAGCUCUACACACUCUCCUAGCCAUCCUGGCUCUCAUCGCCACCCCUGUUGUCUUCGCCCGUGUCGAUGCGUCGCUCGCCGUCGUUGUUGGUUUCGUCGCCGACGCGAUCAAGUUCGCUCUCCUGCUAGCGGUAGCGGGCUUUGUCAUCCGUUCCACUGGCAACAACCUCAAAGAGCUCAAUGGCACGACUUACCUCAACGAGCUUGAGGACGCCGUUCGCAUUGAGGACGAGGGUUCGAACCAGCUCGUCGCCACUUGUGCUCCCACAAAUGCCAGCAUCAAGAACGAGCUCGAUGACUCUGCCAAUCUCGACAUGCAUGUUUUGCCGACGGAUGCAGAGCUUCCCAGCCACACCGUUGGUAAGAACGUCAAGGACGUCACCAAGGAGCAGAUUGACGACGUGGCUGUCACAGUGACCGCCACAAACGACAUCGAGGCCACUUGUCCCCCACACAUUACCCAGUCGGCCCCCUCUCCUUCCCUGCGGAACAUCAACCAUCCCGCCAUUGAGUCGACUUCCCCCAAGGGGCCAAUCCAGCCUGUUGGUGUAGGCCAAACAUCGACGCCUUCGACUCUUGCCGCUUCCUAUUCAUCGAAUGCUCCCGCCAACACCAACGAGGACGCCACGACACACAACAUAAUGGACCAGGUACACGAGAACCCCAGGCAAGCCAAGAGCCGGGCGAACCCUGUUGAACACCCAGUCGCUGUCAACAGUGAUUCCAAGGGUGAUUCUCCGGUCUCCCCCCUCAGCGUUGUGUGGAGCCGCCUUGCCAAGAAGAAUAACCCCACCUUGGAUGCCGAGAUAAUCGGCUCCCAGUCCGCCACCCACAACACUGAGGAGGCUGAGGGCCGCAAGGACGCCAGCGAGCCGGGUGAUCAGCGCCCGCGUUACCACGAUGCGCCCCGACUAGUGCCCAUGGACAUGGAUCACCGCGAUGUCGCCCGUGCUCUUGCAACCUUCGGUGGUGGUGAGACCAAGUGGGGUCAACUUUCGUCUGACGCCUGCGCCAAGAUCGAGGAAAUUUCGAGCGUGCCACCCCAGGAGCACGAGUCGGUCGUGGAGGCGAGGAAUAACGUCGAGACGGUGACAGAGGCCAACCCUGAGUCUGUCGACAUCGUGUCUGUUAAGCCGAAGUCCUCUCGCCGUACGGUCAACCCGAGCCACUACUUCAAGCGGCCCGGUGAAGCUAGCCGCUGGAAGCGCAUGGCUGGGACACAGCACAAGGCCAUUGAGCAGAACAUGCGGGAGAAACACCGCAUCACCACCACUAGCGCCGAGGCCCCGAUGGGCUCGAGUGAUAGCUUCCUGACCCAGGACAGCCGUGGCCCUGUGACGCCACCAGAGCACAAUGAUGGAGUGGAGAUCAGGGUAGCCUCGCCUGACGACGAGCGAGUCGCCGCCGAGCCCGAGCUCGUGGACGAGAUGUUUGUUGCCGACAUGAAGGCCGAGGACGUGGUAGCUACCAUUGCAGAGCCCGAGGCCAAGCCAGGUUCCCGUACCAAGACUCCUGCGGCGAAGACAGUCGACCCCUUUGCCGACACGGAAGAGGACUACUUCUUGUGCCUGCGCAAACCUAAGCCCGCUUCGCGCCCGUUGAAGCGGGUGGUCAUUCUGUUUUCCGAUCCACCUCCUGUCCAGUGGACGAGAGUCUACACCGAGGACCAAGUCGCUUUCCUUCGACAGCCAGAGGUGGGCCGCAGCAACCAAGGUCCUGUCGUCGAGUGUACCGAUGUCCCUGUCCCUAUCGCCAACUACCUCGACCCAACCGUGAACCGAGACUCGCCUACGUCGAUCACGAAGCCAAUCCUGUUCGACGCGAUGGAGGACGACUUCUUCCCCCCCAAGCCUCAGCCUAAGCCCCAGCUCAAGGUCAUCACGGAUUGGAGCAAGCCUGAGUUUGUCCAGAUCCCCUCGCCUCUCAAGCCCGGAUGCCUCAAGCCAGACUGGACGGCGACGAAGGUCAUCCCCGCACUUGCAGGGUUCGAGUUCGCCAGAGCCAAUGGCGGCGCAGACUUCGGCCCCGGUCCCUCGUUCGCCGCCAAGUUCCACAAACGGGCACCCAAACCGCUCUCCCUGGCUAUCCGGGUGCCGCCUCCUCCACCGCCCGCCCCAGCCUUCCCACCUGGCCUGGAGCCGCCACCCGCUCGCAACGCGAUUCCCUACCUACGCCUUGAGCGCAACGAGGUGCCGAUGCCCGGGCAGUGGGGCAAAGAGACGACACUCACCUUCUUCGAGAGCCUCCGUGGCUCCAUCGACAAGCGCACAAUCCCCGCUCCACAUGUACCCGCGGGCGCGCGGCGCGUUGCCUUCACCCUGGGUGUGGACCACUGGGACCGGCCCGCGCACAUCAUUGGCAGCGAGUGGCCACUGCCCGACCUCGAGGAGCUGGUGAUUCACGUAACGGACGAAGGCGCGCGCAUCCUCCCCAGUAAGUUUCUCCAGUGCCGCGAGGGCGAGACGCUCGUCGUGCAUGGUCCCAAACCCGACGACGGGAUCCCAUACUACGUCGUGGACAAGAUGCUCCGUGACAUGGUGGGCAACCGCACAUUCUUUGACGAACUCGCCCACACAAUAGGCACCCACCUCAGCAUCUCCAGGAAAACAAGGUACACGCUGCGUGGGGAGUUCGCAGCCCACUGGCUCUGCGGGAACUUUGAGCCGUUUGAGACAGCGUUCAAGGCACGCGUGCGGGCACAUGUUCCACGGCGGAUGUGGGGGGAGGUCGAGGAGCGCAUCACGUUCCCGACUAACCAGGAGUAUAUGCGGGCGGUGGGCCACUUGGGCAACUUCCUCGAGAGGUCGCGCAAACCCAUCCAGGACAGUUGGGGUGGGGGCUGGUUUGAGGCGGAGGUGUAA